AUGGAUUCAUCUGGCCUAUUCAGAGUCGACGGCAUGGUGGCUGUUAUUACGGGCGGAGGAAGCGGAAUCGGGCUAAUGAUGGCCAAGGCCCUGGCCGGCGCCGGCGCAAAGAGGGUAUAUAUCCUCGGGCGACGAAAGGACGUGCUUGAGAAGGCCGCCUCCGAACAUGGUAGCAUCGUUCCGCUGGAAUGCGACGUCAGCUCCAAGCAGUCAUUGCAAUCUGCUGUCAACACCGUGGCCAAGGAGAGCGGCUUUGUAAACCUUGUCAUUGCCAACUCGGGCACCUUGGGACCACCAAACCGCUUCAAUGCCGAGCUGUCCAUCUCGGAUGUCCGCAAAACCCUUUUUGAUGAUGUAGACAUGGACGAGUUCACCCAGGCCUUCCACGUCAACGUGACUGGCGCCUACUUUACCAUGCUCGCAUUCCUUGAGCUCCUUGACGCUGGUAACAAGAACGCACUCAAGGGUGGCUUCGGUGCACCUUUGAAGGCCGGCAGCGAUGUCCCCUCCAUUCAGAGCCAGGUCAUUGUAACGAGCAGCAUCGCGGCUUAUUCCAGGGCCCAAGCCUCAAACCCGGCUUAUACCGGAAGCAAAUCAGCGAUUGCCCAUCUAGCAAAGCACGCGAGCAGCAAUCUGGCCAAGUAUGGCAUCAGAGUAAACGCGUUGGCUCCGGGCUUGUUCCCCUCUGAGUUGGCCGCAGGCAUGAUUGGAUCACGCGAUCCUGGAACCGAAACAUUUGAUAACCCAGCAUACAUCCCCGUUCGGCGGUUUGGUGGCGAAGAGGAAAUGGGUGGAACGAUCUUGUACCUUGCAGGCCGGGCUGGAGCUUUUAACAACGGGUUGAUCCUCGUGAAUGAUGGUGGAAGACUGUCCAUCAUGCCGUCAGAGUACUAA